CUUUUUAAUAUAUCAAAAGUAGUGUAUUUUAACAGUAGAGGAACAGCACAAAAAAACUUUGCAGAGAAACUGGACUCAAGAACGUCACCUUGGUCCUUCAAAGAAAAUUAAUGUCUACUUCUUCAGUAACGAAUAGUUACAUUAAUAUGGUCCCUACAACAACAUUUGACAUUAAUUUAGUCUCUUAAUUGUAGAAGUUAAUAUCAAUUUAGUCCAUUAACAGCAGAAAAUGACAUCAAUCUAGCUCUGCAAUCUCAGUAUGUAUUUCAUAUCAGUUUUCAUGAUUGAGAAGGGACUAACAUGAUGUCAAACUUAAAAGAAGUUGAAAGAUUCAAUGUUUUUUCAAGACACUUCUACAAUGAUUUCUUUUUCUGUAACUUAGCUUUACUUUGAAGUCUACACACUAGCAAUGAUUUUUGUCUAUGAGGUGGUGAUUCCAUCAUAAUGGUCUGAUUUUUGGUAUUUCCCACAGAUAUCGUGCAAUCACAAGCGCGUAUUAUCGAGGGGCCGUCGGAGCAUUGCUUGUGUAUGAUGUUACCAGACAUGUGACUUUUGAAAACGUGGAGAGAUGGUUAAAGGAGCUUCGUGAUCACACAGAUGCAAACAUUGUAAUCAUGCUGGUAGGGAACAAGGCGGAUCUGCGCCACCUACGAGCGGUGGCGACGGACGACGCAAAGGCAUUCGCCGAGCGAGAAAACACAUUCUUCAUGGAAACAUCUGCUCUUGAGUCGUUGAAUGUUGACAAUGCCUUCACAGAAGUUCUGACUCAGAUAUAUCGUGUUGUUAGUAGGAAGACUCUUGAGAUUGGAGAUGACCCUGCAGCGUUGCCUAAGGGCCAGACCAUCAAUGUUGGCUCCAAGGAUGAUGUCUCAGCUGUCAAAAAGGCUGGAUGCUGCUCUGCAUAAUUUCACAACCCUUUUGCACCACAAUGCUAUAUCUAUUUCUGCAUGAUGAUUCAACCAACCAAGUGAAAGCUUUUAAUACUUACACUUAUCUUUUUAUGUAAUUUCUCCCUCAUAUCUUGCCAAGUUUGUUGUUUUCUUUUUUCUCUCUUUUCUUUUCAUGUAAGCAUGGUUUGUUCAUAGGAAUGAUGUCAUGUUGCCCUUAGAUAUACACAGAAUUUGCUGUUUUGUAUUGAGUGAAAGCUACAUCUGGUUCUUAGAUUGAUUGAUUGAUUCAGAAUUUGUUACAAUCUCAUCAUUCUUUCUCAAAGUUUCCAUUCCACUGGAACAAGACAUAAACUUUGAUAGAUAGUUAGUGUUAUUCAAUCCUGAAAGAGUUAUGGCUUCUUGA